CCGGCGGCGGCGGCGGCGGCGGCAGCGCGGCGCUCGGCGGCGCUUGGCCCCCCGCGGGCAGGGGCCUGUCAGCGGCGGCCGCCCCCUCCCCUGCGAUGAAGGCGAGCCCCGCGGCAGCCGCCGCCGCCGCCGCCGUGGCGGGGCCGGGGCAGGCGGGAGGGCCGCGGGAGCCCGAUGCGCGCUGGCGGGAGAAGGGCGAAGCGGAGGCGGAGCGGCAGCGUACCCGGGAGCGGCUGGAGGCCACGUUAGCCGGGCUGGGCGAGCUGGAGUACCUGAGGCAGCGGCAGGAAUUGCUGGUGAAGAGCCUCCUGCUGAGGCGGCCGGCGGGGGCCGUGCCCGGGGCGCAGGGCGGCCGCGGGGAGCCGCCGGGCGAGGGGCCGUCGCCUCGCAGCCUGGAGGAGAAGUUCCUGGAGGAGAACAUCCUCCUCCUGCGGAGGCAGCUGAACUGCUUGAGGAGGAGGGACGCCGGCCUACUAAAUCAGUUACAAGAGCUAGAUAAGCAAAUAAGUGAUCUCCGCCUGGACGUGGAAAAAACGACAGAUGAACACCUUGAGACAGACAGUCGUCCAAGUUCAGGGUUUUAUGAGCUGAGUGAUGGAGCUUCUGGAUCGCUCUCCAAUUCAUCUAACUCUGUCUUCAGUGAGUGUUUAUCCAGUUGCCAUUCUAGCACUUGCUUUUGCAGCCCUUUGGAGGCAACACUGAAUAUCUCAGAUGGACGCCCUAAAUCUGCAGAUCUCAUAGGCUGGAUGGACUAUAAUAAGGAAGGCCAGCAUGAGGACCAGACCGCAGGCUCUGUCUGUCGCUCUUUGUCCACACCGCACUCAAAUUCCCUCGAUGUCGUUGCAGAUGUACAUCCAAAGUACCAGUGCGAUCUGGUGUCUAAAAACGGGAAUGACGUCUACCGGUACCCCAGCCCACUCCAUGCGGUAGCUGUGCAGAGUCCCAUGUUUCUUCUCCCCGUGACUGAAAACCCCCAGCGAGAAGAGGAGAGGCUCGCUUGCGAUAUUAGCGACGUUUGUGCCGGAUCGGAAACGGACUCGGGAAAAUCCGCCAACGCCUUUCUGCCGCAAGGCUCCUGGCCGGCGCCGUGCCCUUCCACCAGCAAGAGGAUAGACGGUUACAUCUUAAGCCUGGUUCAGAAAAAGACUCACGCGGUAAGGACUAACAAACCCAGGACGAGUCUCAACGCCGAUCCCACCAAAGGGAUCUUGAGGCAUGGAAGCAUGUGCGUCAGGCAGCCUGCAGGGGUGGUGGCUCACGGUAAUGUCGUGAACCUGAAGAGUUCCAAGCAAGCGUCCUUGCCUUCUGGUGGGACCACCGCUCUGGACCACACAGCACCCUCCCCGUUAAAGCAGAGGCCGAGGGAGCCGGCUGGUGAGCAGCUGGAGAGUAGGAAGGCACCUUUGCCGGCGGCUUUCCCGGCCGGCGCUUCAAGCGAACUUCAGAGCAAGCACCUGCAACGGGGCGUCAAACCGGCACCUCCGGAGCUCAACCGCAAUGCAGUGGCCGCGGCAGGGGACGUCCCCAAGGAGAACGGCCAGCUUUUUGCCGCGUCUCCCAAAGAGAGCCCAGGGAAGCCCGUGGUGCUGCAGCCGGAGAACAGGGUCAGCCAGCCUCCCAAAAAAAUCCUGCUGAAGAGCGGCUUGCAGCCGGCUCGCUCCUCGUCGCCCGCCGUCGAGGAGAGGCCCGCGCUGGAUUUCAAAAGCGAGGGCUCCUCCUCCCAGAGCCUGGAUGAUGGGUUGCUGGUGAACGCCCAGUACAUACCGGCCCAGCAGCAAAGCGUGAAGCUUCACAAAGGCACCCGAAAUGUCAAGAUUUUGAAAAGCUCCGUGCUGAAACACAGGCCCCACCUUGCCAACGGGCUGGAAAACGGUUCGCAGACCUUGCGGGAGAAAACCAAGCCAGUCGGCAAGAAGUGCCGCUUUCCUGAUGAGUUGGAUACAAAUAAGAAACUGAAAAAACCCUCCUCGCGGGGGAAGAGAGGCAGCGGCUUGCAGCCAGAGUCGGGCCUCCAGAGUCGGCAGGCUGGCCUCCACAGAUCCGCCAUCCGAUCCCACGGGCAUGGCCGAGAGGUUGUGGUGGCCAAGCCUAAACACAAGCGGGCCGACUACCGCCGGUGGAAGUCCUCGGCGGAGAUUUCCUACGAGGAGGCCCUACGGAGGGCGAGGAGGAACCGGCGGGAAGGCGUGGGGGUCUACUCGCAAGUCCCCCUGCCCUACGUCAGCCCGUACGCCUACGUGGCCAGCGACUCGGAGUACUCGGCGGAGUGCGAGUCCUUGUUCCACUCCACCGUGGUGGACACGAGCGAGGACGAGCAGAGCAACUACACGACGAACUGCUUUGGAGACAGCGAGUCGAGCCUGAGCGAGGUGGAGUUCGUAGGGGAGAGCACAACCACCAGCGACUCUGAUGAGAGCGGGGGCCUUAUUUGGUCCCAGUUUGUCCAGACGCUCCCCAUCCAAACGGUCGCGGCGCCGGAGCUGCAUGAAAAUGCGGCAAAGGCCUUUGUCAAAAUCAAAGCCUCCCAUAAUCUCAAGAAGAAAAUUCUCCGCUUUCGGUCGGGCUCCCUGAAGCUCAUGACAACCGUCUAGUGAGGUGACUCGGUGGAAUGUAUCUGCUUCUGCUUUCGGAAGCAAGGUGCUUUUGUGUACAUAUUUCCACAGAUUUUUUUUUUUUUUAUACAAAUAUUUAAAACUUAAGGUAAAUUAUGUCACUUGUCUUCAGAACUUGGGUGGAUACUAGUGCCUUUUACGUGGAAAUAAAAGACCAUUAUACUCAUUUUUAAAAAAAAAAACCCAUAACACUGCCAUUUCAGUGGUGAACAGCCUCUAGUGCAUGGUGUCAGAAGGCUUUGAAAAAAGGCUAAUGUUUCUGGGAAUGGAUCUUCCUUGCCUAGUUUUUCCAGUUCUGGGUCUUAUAGAGGAUAUCGACAGCUUAAGGUCAUAAGUUUUUAGGGGAUAAGGGGGAGGGAGUGUGGGUGGUCUUCAUGUUUUUGCUUGUCCCCUUCUGCUGCUCCUGUUGCCACAUCUUGAACUUCUUCCUCCUGGUAGUCUGGCCUGUUUUUUUUUCUUUUCUUGUUGAUUCUCUUCUUGAAACUCACCCCUGUCCUCCCCCAGCCUUCCCCCACCAGGAAAGGGCUCCUGUUCAAUCUGUCUCCGAGGUUAAGUCGCCUUCUCUGGAGUGCACUCUGCUCCGAUCUCCUGGGAGUCCCGCUGCGGAUAGCGGUGAUGUUGAGAGUAAACUGUUGGAGCAGCUGACCAAGGCUUAGUAACUUCAGUAUAUUGUGUAAAACUGCUUUUUAAAAAAAAAAAAAAACAUAUGCAUGUCACGUGCAUGAGUAUCAGUAGUUUUAAUAUUCCUGUUGAUGUCCAAUUUACUGUACAUCAUCAAUGGCUGUUUUUAUAUAUAUAUCAUUGUGUAAAUUAAUAUAACACAUCAUAUGCUGUAAUAAACAGUCUGUUUUAAUACUUUUUUAAAGUUUGUUACAUUGGUGCAGACCCAGUCAAUGGUUUUAUAUUGGUGUCACCACUUCCAUGUCUCUGAUGUGACCUGUUAACAUACUCUGCAUUUAGCCAUGCAGGAAACGGAGCAUGCCUAAAAUGUUUAAAAUGUUGCUGUGGAUGUGACUUGUGCUUUGAGGGAACUGGAUGGUCAUGGCUCCUCUUGAUCUUCCCGUAACUUGCAUUUUUUAAGGGCAAGGUGGGAUUUAGGAGCUCAGAGACAUCUUCAGGUUGUUGCUUAUGGGCAGCUCAUGUUGCGGAGCAGGUGGACAUGUGAUAUUAAUCCUUCUCUCUGUCAGGGAGCUUGCAGACUUUGGUUGGUACAACACAGGGGCAGAUGGUAGGUUUCUGUAACCGAAUAGAUCUGUGUAACGCAACAGGUGUCCCUCUGAAACGUCCAGUAAAUGAAUCCCCAAGAGCUGUGCGCCCUGGGAGCUGGGCUGGGUGGAGGAGAGGAUAGGCUUGUGGUCCCUGGUGCCCUCUUUAGGUAUGGUGGCUGACUGUAUCGCAACCCUGACAAGGUUAUGGAAAGAAGUGACAAUUGUGGCACCCACCGGUCUCUGUCUCAGUUUCUUUCUUCCCAUAGGACUGGAGGUGAGUCUGCCAGCAAAGGAGAAAGGAGCUAACCGUAGACAGCACUGCUUCCCUUUGCAGCAACAGUUUUGAAGCUGCCUGGUGGGAAGGCUGGAGGUUUAUGGCAGGCAUGUCUGAUGGAGCAGGCCCAGGGGUUGGGCUGGUUUCUGCAGGUUCAUCUUCUGCUCUGGCAUCCGUGAAACAGUGGACAUACAAGCGGUGUGGAUGCUGUGACUGGUAUGAAUUUCAGGGAUGUGUGUGCAGCCUGCCCGUUCCAUAGCAAGAUCUGCUGAGCAGACAUCUUCCUUUGUGGUUGCUCUGUGUCCUUCCUGCUGUCACCUACCUGAAAGGCAGAGCAGUUUUUUUCUCAGGUUUCCUUGCAUUGCAAAUGUAGGAAGGAGAGAUCCACCCAGAAUUAAAUGCCUCCGGGAGCAGCUUCUGAGACAGUGGUAACGCUUUUUCUAAGCGGCAGAUUUUAUUUUUUAAUCUGCAGUGUAGUAAAUCCCUACCUAUAAAAUGUCUCUUGUAUUUUUUUUUUCCUUUUUUUAAUAGAGGAAUGUCAGUUUCUGUAAGGGGUCUUGCAGUAUGGUCACAAGGUUCUGGAUUCAGUGACCCAGAAAGUCUUUGCAUUUCCAUCUCUCAUGAUACAUGAAAAGCUGUAACUCACCUUAUCUGGUCAUAACUCUCCCAUUGCUUUACACAUGGAAGAGCAGCUUGUGUGUAUAUAUAUAUAUAUAUAUAUAUGUAUGUAUGUAUAAAAAUUUUAUAUAUUGAUACAGAAUAAUUCAUCCAGAAAUUACUGGACAAUGGCUGCCACUGCAGAGAGGGGAAGAGAAGUAAUGUUUGUUAUUAAACAUGGCAUUACUAAGGCUAAGCAGCAGCUUAAUGCAUUCCCAUUAAUAACCGAUGGGUGUUAUAUCAAACAAAGGGAAUGUCAAGAAGCUUGUCAAAGCUAGUAGCUUCUUUCCUAGAGUACCUCUUAAUCAUGCCACAUAAUCUCUCUUUGAGCGAGAAAAACCUGUGCAAAUUCCUGCAAAUCUCAAAGGUGUAGCAGAGUAGGAGAGAGGAUCUUCAGAUGUGCACUCUAUGUCUCUCUGGCUGUAAAGGAGCCGCUGGUGAGAAGACAAACCAGUGGCUUUGGGAUGAUGAGUUUUUAAUUGCAGUGCCAUAGCAGAUCAUCUCGUACCAGGUGAGAGAGACUGGUUUUCAAAACUGAGCUGCUGAAUAGUUUCUUUUUAGAUAAUUGAGUAAAAAAAAAAGAAAAUAACCACCUAAGUAUCGCUAAGACUGUAUCAGCUGCAACCACUGUAUUCUGCAGUACUCUUGCUGAAUAGCUCAAUACCAGACGGGGAAAUGGGCUGAUGCUAUCUCCAUCUUAAUUGCAUCUGAGUCUUCUCAGUUUGGGGAAUGAAUUUUCCUUUUCAUAUACGAUUUAGGUAAGCAUUCAGAAUCCUUUAAACAGGACUAGUUUUUUUCUCUCUAUCCCCCUCCCCCCCCCUUUUUUCUCUAAAUGAAAGAUCUUAUAGUGCUGGAAAAGUACUUGAUAUGGUCCCAAUACACAGCACACAUCCUGUUCUCUGGUUCUGAUUUAGGAAACACAUCUAAGUUAGUAAGUUUUUGCAACGUUAGGUUGAAAAACAUCUGCUAAUCUUGGAGACCAGUUAAAUAUCUGGCACUUGUUUAAGCUACCUGGCUUUCCAGCUCCACAGCCUUGAGUCCUUGCCAGUGUAUUUUUCAUAAUGUUCACAUUUUAAUUAUCCCCAGUGUUUAUGGUAGUCUUUGGAAGCUUGAAGCGGGAACGUUUCUCUUCAUUACACUGGGGCCUAUUUCAAGGUGGGGGCAGGCUGUGGCAGGGAGGUUUGGGAUUAGCUACCCCUGUGCUCCAUAUAUAACUGAGUGCAGGGAAGUACAGAAGCAUAUGCUUAACGUAAAGAACAAGAGCAGACCCCUUUAGCUGGAUUUCUUGCGAUUCAGGUUAUAUAGUGUCGCUGCACACCUCCCAGGUACCAUCUCUUCCAGUGCAGGAAUCGGCGUCAUGCACGCUCUGAAGUGCUGUCGUCUGAAAGUCAUGAGAGCGUCACCGGGCUGUCUGCCUUCCAGCAGGCUUUUUGGGUCUCUCUUCUGCUUCCUAACCCCAGCCACCAGCUGUGGGUCAGCGGAUCACAAAGCAAGCUGUGUCUGGUGUGUGCGGGGUCGGAGAGAGGCCCUGGCGUUGUGCCUAGACUUCCCAACUGCAUGGGGGGCCUCUGUUGUGGACCUCACGCUUGUCGUGAGAAACGCGAUGUGCCGGUUUGGACAGCUGGGUCUGAAGGAAGGUGGGAAUGGAGAGUCCCAUAAAUGGAGUGGUCUGAUCCUGUUUCGUCUCUAUUUCCAGGAGAGGCUGAAAGAGGAGGUGUUCCAGUCUAAUGCCUAGCUCAGUAAGUUGGACUGGGCUAAACGGAGUCCUCCAAGGGACUCUGCCUCAUUUCUUCCAGUACUCUUUAAAUGAUCAAGGCCACUAUCAGCACUGCCGGUUGCCAAGGUGCUUUAACCAUCUGGCCAAGUCCUGGAAGAGGGACUUGUCCCUUUACUGGGACAAGUGAUAAGCUCCAGUCACCCAGGUCUGUUUUUGACCUUCCAUAGCACAACUCCUGCUUGCAGAGAGCCUGUAGGUCCCAGCCCCUUGCAGCUUUCCCUGUCCUGGGGCUUCAGAGGGAAUCUGUCCAUCCCUUAAAAGUUUUCUAGUUUUCUUCUGGCAUGGGGUUCAUCUUGGAUAAGGACUGACAACAGAUUCUCCUGUGCCUUCACUAAUCCCAAAUCUGUUUGUUGGCUCAGAGAAAGGUCAGGCGCUCCUCAGGUGGCAACCAGCAAAGCCAUCCCUGAGGGACCUCCAUCCCUUUCUGCCACAAAGGGCAGCAAAGGCUUUUAUUAGCCAUGGUCACCACUCGGCAGAUGACUCACCAUGCCGGGCAGGGCUCUCCCUCAGCCUGUGAUUUUUCUCACAGGAGAGAACAAGGACAUGAACAUUUUGAGGAAGCAGAAACAGCUAAAGACAUUUUUAAUAGCUAACUUCAGCAUCUAGUAUGUACCUUUGGAGUAGCCAACAAUAAUACAUACAACUGAGCUGCUAGUACAAAAAACUGAACCAUUCUCAAUUCUUUGCAGUGUCCUGUGCACAGUGCAGAGAGGAUACAGAGACUGCAAACCAAUGGAGACAAUUCAUGAGCUCCAGGUCUACGUUUCAAACUUGCUUUUCUCUGAACCUCCAAGGAAUUGUGUUGAGGCUUCUUGCAUGGCAUGAUGUUUCUUUCUCUAACUAAACAUUAUAGAUGGAGCACUGUGGUGAGAAACAAUUGCUCUGGGGUUUAAAAAAGUCCACAAUGCUGAAAUGAGGGGAGACAUAUGGAAAUGAGUGGGAGAUCCAUUUAAAAGGGAUAAUAGAAGGUGCUUUUUUUACAUAGCAGGGAAUUUGCUGCCACAGGAAAUAGUGAGGCAGAUACAAUAUCAGCAAGUUCAAAGGGGUCAGAGAAGGUAGGGAAGGAUGUGUGCUCUACCCUCCCCAGUCAAUGACUGUGGAUGCUAGGAGGAGUGUGAGGUGAAUGGAUUGCAAAUAGUGGCCAGGCUUGCGUGCUCCCACUAAAGAUUGUCUUUUCCUGCAACUGCUGAAGCACCAUUAGCUGGAGGAGAUGCACCGUCCUGCUGACCCAGCAGACCGUUUCCUGUAGUCCUGUGAUCUUGGUGUAGCUGAUGGGAAUUGUCUAUGCAAUUGGAUUUCCUCACUAUUUAUUAGUCUUUUGUCCUCCCAACUGCUGCUGAAGACAAGUUUUGCAUUGCUUUGCAAAGAACUUCACUUUGCAUGCUUGGCUGAUGGUGGCAAGCAUUUAUUCAAACUAUGGACAUGUGUUUCUGGUCACUCUUGUCCUAUGGCAGAAUAAUUUCAUCCACCCUUUCACACGGGCAGUCUGUGCCAGACUCCUCUGUUAUGGUGAGCAUCGUCCCCCUGUAUUGCAAACACUGUUAUGGACAUAGUCCAUAUACUAGCCUACCGUGGAAGCCACUGUUGGGCAACAAUUUUACAUCCUACAGUUGCUUCUAAAUUGUAGGAAAAGUAGAUGACCUCCAAACCAAACGAACCAUCCUAGUGACAGAGCGCAUCUACUGCACCCUGCCUUGGGACUUUGCUGUCCUUGGAGAGUUUUUCUCUCCCUCUGACUGUGGCUACAUUCAGGCUUUUGUUCGGAGCAACAGAGCAGUCUGGAAGAGAAUCCCGUGGUCGUCUCCACUUACUGUGUAUUGGUUUGGACAGCAGAGCAGUUUUGGUGCAUGCUAACUAGACGCCUUUGGAACGCUAAUCCAGAUGGUCCACUCCAGGGGCACAGCAGAUGUGCUUCUACCUGGACAGGGACAUGGGGGUCUGAACCAGUGAUGGCUCCCUAGAAUAGCUUCCAGUCAAAAAAUGUGGACAAGUUUGGUCCAAAUGACUUUGGGGACCAGACUAAAUCUAGGCUGAAGUAAACACUUGAACUGCAUAUAUUGUACUUGGGGGGACCUUAGUUUGGAUCUGCUCCUUCUGUGCUGAAUGACUUGUUGAUGUAAACAGAGUCUUUCUCUCAGUUAAUGGCCUUUGUUUCCAUGCUGUAUUCCUUUAAGAUCAAUAAAGUAUAUUAACAUUAAUAACUUGA